UCUAGUGAAUUAUUGUGGUGCCCCCUAAUUUGAUUGUUUAGGGCCUCAACCGUAUGAAAGCUUUUUCCCUAUAUAUACCUUAUUUCCUUUAGUUAUUCCUUUCUCUCAACUUAACGUGAAAUCGGUUAGGUACUUUGGCUGAGUUGAUUUUCUUAAUAGUGUUCUCAAUCAUCCACAAAUUUCGCUCUUUUGUUACUUGUUACUUUUUUCAAAAAAACGAGGACCAAUUUAUUAUGUAGUGGGAAGACUUAGCAUUGACUAUGUCCCUUCCUUGCGAGGACCAAUUUAUUAUAGUGGGAAGACUUAGCAUUGGCUACGUCCCUUCCUUGCAAUUACAGAACACUAUCAGUGACUUCUCUCUCACUCUCUUAAUUUCUUAAUCUAUUGGAUUGUAUCUGAUAAUGAUAGAAGAAGACCACUACUCAGAACCCAAUCACCAUCUCCUCCAAUUCACAGACAUGUCCUCUUUCUUGUGGUUCUUCAUCCUUUCUUUUCUCUGUCUACAAUCCACUGAAGCCCAGCAAACCUACCUCAACAACAGCCAAUUCUCCUGCAGGACCAAUAUCUCCCGCAACCUUGGCUACACUUGCAAUGGUAUCAGCUCCUGCAAAACCUUCCUCUUCUUUCGCUCCCAACCCACCUUCAAUUCCCCUAUCUCCAUCGCCUAUCUCCUGAACUCUGAUGCCCAAGAAAUUGCAGAGUUCAAUGGUUUAACUGACACAUCAACUAUCCUCACAGAUUCACUGGUUAUAGUUCCUCUAAAUUGCUCAUGCUCUGGUUCAUUUUACCAGCACAACACCUCUUACAUCAUCAAACAGCAUGAUACCUAUCUUACCAUAGCGAACAACACAUAUGAGGGCUUAACAACCUGUGAAGCUCUGAUACAACAAAAUCCAUAUUAUGAUAGCAGAAAUUUGAGUGUUAAUUUGAGGUUCUUAGUCCCUCUUAGAUGUGCUUGCCCAUCUAGAAACCAGAGCAGCAAUGGAGUCAAUUACUUGGUUACCUAUAUUGUUACUUGGGGUGAUUAUGUUUCUUUAAUCAGUGAGAGAUUCGGGGUAGAUCAGGGGAGCGUUGUUUAUGCGAACGAGUUAUCGGGUGAUAUGGUAAUCUAUCCCUUCACUCCAUUGUUAAUUCCUUUAGAGAGAGAACCGACUGCAGCUCUAACAAGAAGUCCGCCUCCUCCUCCUUCAUCUCCUCCGUCAAGCUCGCCACCACCUGGUACAAAACCCAGAUCUAAGAAGUGGGUCUUUGUUGGGAUUGGAAUAGGAGCUGGAAUUCUUGUUCUUUUGCUUUGCGGCCUUCUGGUUUGGUUCCUGGCUCGACGAAAAAGAACCCCAAUGGAUAAGAAAACUGAAAAUUUGGAUAAAAAUGAUCAUACCUCACUUCCUGUCAAGAAAGUGGCAUCUGAUACUUACUCCAAAUCUGAUUUUUCAGAGGGCCUUUAUUCUGCAGUCCAUUCAGUUACAGUGUAUAAGUUUGAGGAUUUGCAGAAGGCUACCAAUGAUUUUAGCUCAGAUUAUAGAGUUAAGGGAUCGGUUUAUAGGGCCACUAUAAAGGGGGAUAUGGCUGCUAUAAAGAGGAUGAGUGGGGACGCUUCAUCUGAAAUCAGUAUAUUGAAGACGAUAAAUCACUCGAACAUUGUAAGAUUGUCUGGAUUUUGUGUACAUCAAGGGAAUACAUACUUGGUUUAUGAAUUUGCAGAGAAUGGUUCUCUCAGUGAUUGGGUUCAUAGAGAAAGAAAGCAUGGGAGGGAGAGGUUCUCUGGUCUGGCUUGGAAGCAAAGGGUGCAGAUUGCUCAUGAUAUAGCAAAUGGACUCCAUUAUCUUCACAAUUACGCGAGUCCUGGUUACGUUCAUAAAGAUAUCAAGAGCAGUAAUGUUGUUUUGGAUGGUGAGUUCAGGGCGAAGAUUGCUAAUUUUGGCUUAGCAAGAACUGUAGAAAACCAGAGAGAUUCAGGGUUGGUUUUAACCAGGCAUGUUUCGGGUACUCAAGGAUACCUAGCACCAGAGUAUCUUGAACAUGGCCUUAUUACUCCAAAGCUUGAUGUUUAUGCAUUUGGGGUGGUGAUGCUUGAGCUUCUCACUGGUCAGGAAGCUGUAAUUUUGGAGAAGGAUGAAGAGAGAGAAAGGGAUGUGCUUUUGUCAACAGUCGUGGUGCCAUUGCUAGAGAGAGAAAAUGCCAGAGAGAACCUUAGGAGCCUGAUGGAUCCUAGUUUGGGAGAGGAUUACCCCUUGGAUUUGGCACUCACCAUGGCUCAGCUGGCUAAGACCUGCCAUUCACAAGAUUUGGGUUCUCGACCUGAUAUUUCUGAUGUCUUAUUGUCUCUCUCUAGGAUUCUUUCUUCUUCUUUGGAUUGGGAUUCAUCUGAUGUUACAAACUCUAGUUCUGGUAUCUAUGCCAGGUAGAGAAUUGGUUAGAUGUUGAGAAAUUUGGGCUUCUCUGGAGUUUUCCUUGAUAUCGUAUAGAAAGUAUAUCUCUUGUGUAUCUUUUGAUUAGGUGUCUUUGAUAUGUAUCUCUUGUUUAUAAUAAGAGUAGGUGUCCUUGAUAUAUAUGUGUCAUUCUUAUUUUUCUAUGAGUGUCAUGACUGGGUUUAUACUGGUCUCAUAUAUUUUUUAAUACACCAAUAUAUAGAGAGUUCUCUACAGAAUAUUUGACUCUAUCAUGGUAUCAGACCCAUAGAUUUUUGGAGACCUAUGCCAAAAUUAGGCUCCAGUCGAUCCAAGCCUUCUGGUCAUGCUCUCUCUCUCUCUCUCCAACUAAAACUCAAGUUGCUGCGUUCCAUACCUAAGACUCAAUACCUACUGUUACUGCUCGUCUUGUAUAUUCUUUAAGGCUGCAGUUUGUAUAGAGCCGAGGCUCUAAACAAUCAAAAUAAAACGCACCUU